GUUUCUUCAAUAACACAAACAAAAAUUUGAGUUUUUAGAGUUUGAGAAUGAUGGCUUUUGAGACACGCGUGUGCUUGCUCUUCCUUUUGCUCACAUCUGCAGUGAUGUGUUCUGCAAUCAACAGCCCCAAAGGGGAUCUAAAUAACCAUUACGAAGUAGAUGAUUAUGCAGGCACGGGAUCCAAUCCUAAGCAUAAGCCUCCACCCCCAAGGGAUCUAAAUGACCACUACGAAGUAGAUGAUUAUCCAGGCACAGGAUCCAAUCCUAAGCAUAAGCCUCCACCCCCAAGGAAUCUAAAUAACCACUACGAAGUAGAUGAUUAUCCAGGUACAAGAUCCAAUCCUAAGCAUAAGCCUCCACCCCCAAGGGAUCUUAAUGACCACUACGAAAUAGAUGAUUAUCCAGGCACAGGAUCCAAUCCUAAGCAUAAGCCUCCACCCCCAAGGGAUCUAAAUAAUCACUACGAAGUAGAUGAUUAUCCAGGCACAGGAGCCAAUCCUAAGCAUAAGCCUCCACCCUCAAGUUUCGGAAAGAUGCAGAUCAACGAAGACGAUUUUGAAGUAACAAAACCUAAACGUAAACUGUCCAAAUUUGAUGAGUGAAUAUCCUGUAAUACAACUAUCCAAAUUCUCAUUGAGUUGUAAUCAUGUUUCAUGAAGUGUUAUAGUGAGUUAUAGUGAUAUUAAAUUAUCACCUAUAAAGAAUAAACAAUUUUAUGUAAACAAAUUACUAUACUUCA